CCUGCUGUUGAAACUUCCGGCAUGGUGUGUAUUUGAGGUUCCGAGCAGCUUUAAAAGGCCGAUCUUCGGUUUCCAUCCGUUAAUGUGCAUCACCACAACAUGAAGCGGGUCAUGGCAUAAACAUGGCCCACAAAAGAAGCUUUUUCCUCGAAGCCCUGGAUAGAUCUGAGACCAGGAGAGAUGGAGGGUUCAAACACAGCUGGAGCUUUUCCCUUCCUGGUGACAGUGAGACGGAGAAGAGACAAGAAGCGAGCGUGGUGAGCGUGGAGGAGAUGGAGCGGCAGCAGAUGACCUCCCCGGAGGAGAAGUCUCCUCCUUUAAGGCACUACAGUUCUUCUGAUCCGCUGAGGACGUAUGGAAACCGAUCCAACACCCACAUCAGGUCUCUGAACAGACUGGGCCCCAGAAGAUCCGGCGAGGUCCCGCUCCCACUACCAACACCCUCCUCCACGGCCACCAGAACCAACUUUAACUUAAUCCUCACUUCGGCACUUGCUCCAGGCAUCAUGUUACAGGGUCGGCACUUUCAGCACGCUCAGGUCCCGUCGAUAAUCAGGAAACCGGUUCAAAGAAACAGCUGCUCAUCCACACAACAAGCCGUGGAAGUGGACAGCAUUGUCCUCACCUGUCCAGAGCCUCCAGAAGAAGAAACGCUGAACAUAAAACGCCGUGUACAGCAGAAGAGGAAACCGCUGGAGAACGUCUGUUUUUCCCCUCAGCUCAAAGUAACAGAGCCCGUUCGGACCACCAUCUACCACACGGUGUGCCUGAAGUGCAACAAGCCGAGUGAGGACAGCAGUAGGUGCCUGAGCUGUGGAAGCAGUGAGUCUCUGGUGGGCUCGCAGGCCGCCUCGUCCUCCCCGAGCCCCAGACCCUCCAUCAGGUCCCAGCCUUCCCCCGGACCAAACGGCCUCCAGCAGAACUUCUACAGACCUGGAGCCACCAUGAAAGAACCCCUGCCGGUACAGAUCACCGGCAGCAGGGCGACGCCGCUGCCUUUGAGCAACGGCAGAAUCCCCCUGUUAGCCGGGACGUCCAGUUACUGCAGGGCUGGGACACCGACCAAAGGGAAGACGAGGGCAGCAGGACAGCAGCCUGAGCUCAACGAUCCCAUUGUCCUGUCCAGUGACGAUGAGGAAGAGGAGGCAGAAACAGGCAGUACUGGAAGCGUGAACAGAUGGGACAACGUUUCCCCUCGACCCGCCGACUCCGCCCACUCCUCUCCGGCGCCCUCAGGAGGCAGAGUGGAGGCUGCGGUGAAGAGUGCUGACGAGCUGGAGGACCUGAACACUGAAUUCUUUGAAGACGUCAGCACAAAGAUCACGAUCCCACGGAGAGCGCGGAUGAAAGAUCAGGUAUUUGGGAAUCAGCCUCCUGCUGAGCAGCUUCCACCCAAGAGAAAGAAGGCCAAAGUCACGCCUACCAAGUGUGACAGCAUCAUCCUGGAGUGUCGGAGCGUUCGGAUAGGAACUCUGAGGCGGAUGGUGACGAACCCCGUCAUCUUUUCUGUGGACAGCAUCCAGGUGGAAGCUGAAGGUGCAGAGACCGGGACCAUCGAGAAGGUCUACCUUAAAACGUCUGAGCUGAUCAGCUGCGAGUGGUGCAGCGUCCGGAAACUUCCCGUCCUGUUUUUCCAGACGACAGUGGACGAGUGUCUCCGUCUGCGCUCCCAGCUCAACAUGUCCCAGGAACAGGGAGGCCAGUGGUAUGACUGCUCCGCAGACCAGGUAGACGAGAAGUACAUCGUCCUGAUCUUCGAGAACGGCCUGGUGAUGAAGGAGCAGAUGAUCCUGGAGGACAUCCUGACCAUCAUCGGCAGGAACAACAACCUCAGCAGCUUCCCCACCAAGCUGACCUUUGAGGAGGCCAACAUCCGCCUGGUCAACUACAACAAGGCUUCCAGCCAGAAGAUUGAGAAGGUGAAGCCAGAGCAAACGUCUCCCAGCUCCCCAGUGUUGUCCCCUGUAUCGGCUGUCGGUAUGUCCACACGCACACGGAUGGCCACACGCCAGCAGACCAGCUCAUUCUUUGAUGAGGACGAUAUGACCGACCUACAGCCUACCUUCUCCGGACCGGUCAUGAAGCUCAUGGUGUACCCUCCGCCUCCAGCCAAAGGUGGGAUAUCGGUCACUAAUGAAGACCUGCACUGCCUUAAUGAUGGAGAAUUCCUGAACGAUGUCAUAAUAGACUUUUAUUUAAAAUAUUUAGUUUUGGAAAAAUUAAAAAAAGAAGAUGCACAAAGAAUCCACGUCUUCAGCUCAUUCUUCUACAAAAGGCUGAACCAGAGGGAGCGCCGGACCGGACCGGACACAACGAACCUGCCAAUCCAGAAGAGAAAGCACAACAGGGUAAAGACGUGGACCCGGCACGUAGAUCUGUUCCAGAAGGACUUCAUUUUUCUUCCCAUCAACGAGUCAGCUCACUGGUAUCUGGCGGUCAUAUGCUUCCCGGGCCUGGAGGGUCCGGUGUUGGAGAACAACCCAAUGUAUCUUGACCUGCCUCCAGCCUCCAGCUCACCUGCCGAGCUGCAGUCAGAGGAGAACAUCCCGGACCACUGCCGCCCUCUGUCUCCGGACGGAGACGGAUUGGACUGCUCGUCGGAGGAGCCGUCCCCCAAUGUCCCAGAGGAGUCUGCGGAGGCUGACGGUGACCCCGCCCAUGAAGACUGCUCCUUCUCAGAGGGAGGUCAGGAACCGCUGGGAACCAGCCAGGCUGAACCUCAGAGGCAGUACAGCAGCGAGCUGCACCGUAUCAGUGUGUGUUACGGUUCAGGACACGGAGAUGACACCUACACCUUUUCUGAUGACCAAAGGUCCUGUCAGGACGAGUGCAGCGACGAUGGGAAUCUGGCUGAAGACGCCGGCACCUCCGAUGUUUCCAGUUUAGCUUCCAAACCGAUCAUCUGCAAACAGCCUUGUAUUCUCAUCAUGGACUCUUUGCGAGGUCCGGCCAGGUCCAGCGUGGUGAAGACUCUCAGAGAGUACCUGGAAGUGGAGUGGGAGGUGCGGAAAGCGACUCAGCGGAGUUUUGGGAAGGACGUGAUGAAGGGCUCCAGCCCACGUGUGCCUCAGCAGGAUAACUUCAGCGACUGUGGAGUUUACAUCCUGCAGUAUGUGGAGAGCUUUUUUGAGGAUCCCAUUCCCAGUUUCCACCUCCCCAUGAACCUGUCAGAGUGGUUUCCUCAGCAGCGGAUGAAGACGAAGCGCCAGGAGAUCAAGGAGCUGAUCCUGAAGAUCAAAGAUCAACAAGAACAGGACAAGAAGGAGUCGGACCAGGUGGAUGCUCCACCCAGCUCGCCCGAGGAGCCGGAGAUUGAAGAGACUCACGGAUCAAAUCUGUCCAUCAGCCCCUGAGAGAAUCGUCCACCUCAUCUCAUCGGGGACUGACCUGGAUUCUUCACUGCUGGCUUUCAUCAACAUUUCUCCAGUGGUGCUCAGCUGCCUCCGUUUGUUAACCACACACAUUAGACUUGAAGUUUGUACUGAGUGAGACAUCACCUGUAAAUAUGCUGCCUUUGUAAUUUCCUGUUUUAGAACUCAUCCAUGGAGUGGCCCAGUAAGUUAUGGUUUCAUACAUGUUCUCCUCCUCUGUCCAGGAGGGUGUGAGCAGAAGUCACUGUUUUGAUCUUGCAUCAUUAUUUUUUAAGCUUUCACCUUGUUUAGAGGAAGGUAAUGGUAAUAAAGUGAGAUCAUUGUGAGUUAAGAGUCCGCCCACAUGGAGGAAAACAAGCUGUUAGCAGUAGUUAGGUGCUUGUUGUGUCUCUGCAAUGUGGAGUGGGUGAAUUUUCAACAUUAAAAACAAACUUAGAUGCAAGAGCA